UUCCGUCUUCUGACUUCCGGCCUCGAAGGCCAGCGGCGGCUACAGUUGCGAACUGCUGCUGGCCAGGUUCGCGGGUUUUCGGGCGCAGACUGGCGCCCGCGGCUGGCGGCGGCCAUGAACUUCUCCGAGGUGUUUAAGCUCUCUGGCUUACUCUGCAAAUUCUCACCGGACGGCAAGUACCUGGCUUCCUGUGUCCAGUACCGGUUAGUGGUCCGGGAUGUGAACACCCUUCAGAUUGUGCAGCUGUACACGUGCCUGGACCAGAUCCAGCACAUCGAGUGGUCAGCAGACUCGCUCUUCAUCCUGUGCGCCAUGUACAAGCGAGGGCUGGUGCAGGUCUGGUCUUUAGAGCAGCCCGAAUGGCACUGCAAAAUAGACGAGGGCUCAGCAGGGCUAGUGGCCUCGUGCUGGAGUCCGGACGGGCGCCACAUUCUCAACACGACGGAAUUCCAUCUGCGGAUAACCGUCUGGUCGCUGUGCACAAAAUCCGUGUCUUACAUCAAAUAUCCAAAAGCUUGUCUGCAGGGAACCACCUUCACCAGGGAUGGCCGCUACAUGGCGCUGGCGGAACGGCGCGACUGCAAAGAUUACGUGAGCAUCUUUGUCUGCAGCGACUGGCAGCUCCUGCGGCAUUUUGAUACAGACACCCAGGACCUCACGGGGAUCGAGUGGGCCCCAAACGGCUGUGUGCUGGCAGUGUGGGACACCUGCUUGGAGUACAAAGUUCUGCUGUACUCCUUGGAUGGCCGGUUGUUGUCCGCAUACAGCGCCUAUGAGUGGUCCCUGGGCAUCAAGUCUGUAGCUUGGAGUCCCAGCAGUCAGUUCCUGGCAGUUGGGAGCUACGACGGAAAGGUGCGCAUCCUUAAUCAUGUGACGUGGAAAAUGAUCACGGAGUUUGAGCAUCCUGUAGCCAUUAAUAAUCCCAAGAUAGUGGUGUAUAAGGAGGCCGAGAAGAGCCCGCAGCUGGGGCUGGGCUGCCUCUCCUUCCCGCCCCCCCGGGCCGGGGCUGGCCCUCUCCCAACCUCAGAGAGUAAAUAUGAGAUCGCCUCUGUCCCAGUCUCCUUACAGACACUGAAACCUGUUACUGACAGAGCAAACCCGAAAAUCGGCAUAGGAAUGCUGGCAUUCAGUCCUGACAGCUACUUCCUGGCGACGAGGAACGACAACGUCCCGAAUGCCGUCUGGGUCUGGGACAUUCAGAAGUUGAGGCUGUUUGCGGUGCUGGAGCAGCUGUCCCCGGUGCGCACAUUUCAGUGGGACCCGAAGCAGCCGCGGCUGGCCAUCUGCACGGGCGGCAGCAGGGUCUACCUGUGGUCCCCAGCGGGCUGCCUGUCGGUGCAGGUGCCUGGGGAAGGUGACUUUGCCGUGCUUUCUCUGUGCUGGCAUUUAAGCGGAGACUCGAUAGCCCUCCUCAGCAAGGACCACUUCUGCCUCUGCUUCCUGGAGACUGAGGCGGCAGUCGGCACAGCCUGCAGACAGCUGGGCGGCCACAUGUAGCAGCAGUGCCCUGACGUGUGUGCGGGAACAGGGUGCUCUGUGCGUUUCCCGUGUGGGAGAAAACAGCUUCACGGCGAACUUCUCCGCCUGGGAUGGGGCCGGAUUCAGUGAUCUGAUUUUAUUUUUCUAUAGCAAAGCAUUUUUGUAAAUAUGUAUAAAACUGUAGUUUUUACUAUUUAAAAUAAAUAUUUGCUGAUUCAUA